AUGAAAAACAGUCAAUUGUAUAUUGUAUGCUUUGGUACAACGUUGAUAAGUAUUGUAAUUCUUUUAAAUUAUUUUCAACAAAGAAAAAGAAAAAACAAGAUGAAAAACGAAUCGAUAUAUGAAUCACCAAUCCUAAUUGCUACAUCCGCUUGUCAUUGCCUUGCUCAUGUUGAUGGUGAAGUUGCCACAGCUCGUGCUGCAACUGAAACUCAAUGUAUUUUUACUUACAAUUGGACGUUUUCAAAUAUGCCAGAAGAAAAAGUUCUACAAACACUCGGUCCAAAAUUUUUACAUAUUUAUUUAACAACACCUACAGAAAUCUUAGAACAAAUAGUUCCACAAGCUGAUAAAAAAGGAUAUCGAGCAACCGUUAUUACAUGUGAUCAGCCACAUGAACGUAUUCGAGAUUUUGUAUUACCAUUAUUUGAAGAAGCAUCAAAGAAUAUUGAUCCAGAAUUAAUGAAGAAUAUGUCAAUACCAAAUUUGAAUAUACCUGGCAUAAUUGUUAAGCAACGUUUUGGUACCGGUUCAGUAACAUGGGCAAAUAUUGAAUGCAUAAGAAAAUUGACGCAAUUACCAAUUAUUUGCAAAGGUAUACUCUCACCAAUUGAUGCAGAAUUAGCAAUUAAAUAUGGAGCAAAUGGAAUUAUUGUCAGUAACCAUGGUGGUCGACUAAUUGAUACAGCACCACCAGCUAUUGAAUGUCUAGAAGAUGUCAUCAAUGCUGUUGAUGGACGUGCAGAAGGUAAGUUUGUUUCAAUGACAAUUGAAAAAAAUCUUACAGAUUUUUAAACUGUCUUCUUAAGAUAUCAAAUCUUAGGCAGAAUAAAGUUUUUUAAAACGUCUCAACAUAGUUAAGAUGAGAAAAGUUAUCUAUCUGCUUCCUUUUUAGAAAGCUGUUGAUUUGGUUAAACUCUCUAUAUUGAUAGAGUAGCUCAAGCUUGCUAAAUCUUCUGAUUUGACCAGGACACUUUUGAUAUUUGGACUUGUCUCCUGACCGAAAAUCUCCUCAUUUCAGGAGUUGAUUUUUGUUUUUUUUAAUAUUUGGCUGUUAGCAAUAUUUUGAACCAAUAAACGAAUUCAAAGAAAAAGAGAACUAUCGCAGUGUCUCAAAGAUCUAACAACCAACAAAAACACAUUGCUUUUACAUCCUUUUACUCAAAGUAAAGUCAUUAAUUACAAUUAUAUUAACUAAUCUUAUAUAAAGUAUUUGUUUAAACAGAGAUAAUAAGAAAAUAAUAUUAUAUGUGUAAUGUUUUGACGUGUAAGGAUGGAAUUACUCUUGAAGUUUUAAACUCAUUAGAUAAAAAUCUUAUGACAAAAACUGAACCGCAAAUCGAUA